CGUAUAAGGCGCCAAGUAACUUUUGUAUCGCACAGUUUAGUAGCAGCUAGCAGUGAUUUGGAACGGUCACGUUUGCGGCUUGAUUUGUGGUGGUGUUUCUUUGGAUACUCGCUUGUGAUAUUAUUGUUGUGAUUGCCUGUUUUGAUUUUCGAGAUGUCGAUAAAUUUUGAAGAUAUUUUGAAAGUUAUAAAUCAUUUUAUAAAUAUAAAGACUGAGAGACAAAUGUUUAUGUCACAUUAUCAGGUAUUGCGUGACAAACUUUUCGAAAAUCUAAAAGCGCAAGAUGCAGUUUUUAAAAAGCUGUUCAAUGGACAUGAACUGCAAGGCAGUUAUGGGGACAAUGUCAAGGUCAACCGCGCUGAUGAGUAUGACUUGGUAUUUUUUCUAAAUUUCCCCGCCAAAGAUGAAAUACUAGUCACGGGGGAUCCCGAUUUGCCGGGCAAUUUUUUCAUUGACGUAAGGAAUGUAUUGAAAACUAUAAAAUCGCAAAAGCAAAAUUCUCUACUCCAUGAAAAACUUCGAACUUGGACGGUAAAGGAUAACGAUUGCGAAUAUUUGGAUAUAGAAAAAUUACAUGCUUGGCUGAAAAGCUGUUUCAGCAAAGCGCUAUUGGCUAUGAAAAAUAGCGUGGAAGGUAUACCGUCCAACUUGAAAUUUGUGUAUCAACGUUGUGGCCCCGCGCACACAAUUACCGUUAGUGAACCAUGCAAAUUUUCGGUAGAUUUUGUACCGGGCAUAGUAUUGGGUGCGCAACAUGUCAUAAUGGAGAAUAGCCCUCCCGAAUGGCAUGGCAUACCAAAGCCUGUGCAGAAUACCAAAUCAUUUCGUGCUUCGUACUAUUCACUGGAAAGGGAACUGAUUAAAAAUAAGAACAAUUUGAAAAAUGCAUUAAGGAUAUUGAAGAAGUUUCGCGAUAGCCAUCCGAAUAUGAAAAAUUUGAAAAGCUACUACAUUAAAACACUGUUUUUAUGGAGAAAUUCUCAGGUGGAUAACGAAUACUGGGCGCGUAGACUCUGUGAUUCUAUUAAAGAUAUGUUUUCACUGUUGAAAUGCUGCUUAGACGCAGGCUACUUGGGAUUCUAUUGGAAUAAAAAAUUAAAUUUAUUUAACGAAUUAAAUGAAGAACAACUCAAUGAGAUGCGGUCCUACAUGAAAUGUGUGUGUGAUGAUAUAUUGGUGGCACAUGAAAAUAUGUACUUAAGCCCAGCACUGGCACUCAAAGUUAUUCACAUGUUUUUGAGCAAAGACGAACGUCUGCAGUGUCUUCCUCUAAUUGCUCGCCACGUUAAAACGAAGCGAUAUCGUCUUGUGACUGCUGGGACGCGUCAUAGAAUACAUCAUUUUGACUCACCCGAAUCAGCUACAUCGCCUCCAGCAAGAACUUUAUUCGGCGCCCCAAAGAUUUUUAACCCAAUUAAAAUCACGAUACCUUAUCCCAAACAGCCUUUGGCUUGCGAAUUGGAGUAUUCUCCUAGUUAUGAUUCCGAUGGUGGGGAACCUUUCUUAGGGGAUUUAUCGCAGGACUAUUUAAAAGAUUUAUAUGAAGUUUUUGCAUGGGAACAGUCGAUCUCAAACAGCGCGGAGAGCCACACAUACUCUUAACUAUGUUAAAAAGAAUCAGUGCAGCGCCUUCGUCUUGAACUCUUGAAUCGAGCGGACGUUGGGCUUACAAACAGUGCGGAGAUCUUUUGCGAAUUAAAAUAUUAAGCGUUUGCUUAUAAAUUCAAUUGGCCAAUUUCGAUUGCUUUCAAUUCUUGAGCAUAUUCAAGUGGUACGAGCGUAGCUGGAGUAUUUGGUUGGUGUUUGAUUGGAGAAGUGGCUGUAUGGUUUAGCAGCGGUAGAAGCAAACCAUGGUUAAAAAAAAGGAAAAAUUAAUUUAUACCGUAUUUAAGUAAAGUCAGUGAUUAAAUUCAA